GAAUAUUCAGUUCCAGAGGAGAGGUGUAUAUGGUACGCUAAGUUGGACAAGAUUUUUAACUGACAGUGGCAAGGAAGCAACAAUCCAGAAUGGACAGGAAAAACCGCUUAUAGUUCAGGCCAACAAAAUCACACAGAGCUGAGAACCUCUUUCGAAGGAACUACAACUUGUAUUGAAUAUUACAUAUAGUAACAACGUCUGCUCUGACGAAGAACAUGAAAAUGGUUUUGUCGCAGAGGCAACGCGAGGAGCUAAACCAAGCGAUUGCCGAUUACUUAGGUAGUAGUGGCUAUUCCGAGACUUUGGAUGUAUUCCGUAAGGAAGCUGAUGUAUCAACCGAAAAUGAAAAGAAAUUCAAUGGACUUUUGGAAAAAAAAUGGACUUCUGUUAUUCGUUUACAAAAAAAAGUUAUGGAGCUAGAAGCCAAGUUAUCAGAAGCCGAAAAAGAGGUUAUUGAGGGCGCUCCAACAAAAGCUAAGCGAAGUCCAGGUGAAUGGAUUCCACGCCCUCCUGAAAAAUUUUCAUUGACUGGUCAUCGCGCAAGUAUAACGCGGGUGGCAUUUCACCCAAUUUUCGGUUUAAUGGUGUCAUCAUCCGAAGAUGCUACUAUAAAAGUUUGGGAUUUUGAAACUGGAGAAUAUGAACGCAGUUUGAAAGGACAUACUGAUUCAGUGCAGGAUGUUGCAUUCGAUGCUCAAGGAAAGUUUUUAGUAUCAUGCAGUGCUGAUUUAUCCAUUAAAUUGUGGGACUUUCAACAAAGUUAUGAGUGUGUUAAAACAAUGCAUGGUCAUGACCAUAAUGUUUCAUCUGUUGCCUUUGUACCUGCUGGAGAUUACGUUAUUUCCGCAUCGCGAGACAAAACUAUAAAAAUGUGGGAAGUGGCUACAGGAUAUUGCGUGAAAACCUAUACUGGACAUAGAGAGUGGGUACGUAUGGUUCGUGUACACGUUGAUGGCAGCAUUUUUGCGUCCUGUUCAAAUGAUCACUGCAUUCGUAUAUGGCUCACAAACACAAAAGAUUGCAAGGUUGAACUUCGUGAUCACGAUCACACUGUCGAGUGUAUUGCUUGGGCGCCAGAACUAUCUACCGCUGCUAUUAACGAAGGCACUGGGGCAGACAACAAAAAAGGACAUCAUCAAGGACCAUUUCUGGCAUCUGGAUCUCGUGACAAAACCAUUCGGGUUUGGGACGUUGGAGCUGGUAUAUGUUUAUUUACUCUAAACGGUCAUGAUAAUUGGGUCAGAGGCUUAUCAUUUCAUCCUGGUGGUAAAUAUCUAAUAUCCUCAAGUGAUGACAAAACAAUUAGAGUUUGGGAUUUGCGCAACAAAAGAUGUAUGAAAACUUUGUAUGCACAUCAGCAUUUCUGCACAUCAGUUGAUUUUCACAAAACACAUCCAUUUGUUAUUUCGGGAAGUGUGGACCAGACAGUGAAGGUUUGGGAGUGCCGUUAAUUUUUUGCUGGCAUGUUAAAGUAUCUACAGAAUAACCCUUGAACUUCAGAAGCAAAACUUAUAUGAACUACAAUAUCCAUACAUAUGUAAUUCAAUAAAAUAUAAAAUAUUUAUUUAGUAAUGAUAAUAGUAUAACGAAAAUGAUAAUCUUAUUAAAAUAUUAUUUAUUUUAAAGCAAUCACUAGAGCAACUGAUGAAAAAUAGAAAAAGCAAGUACAUUAAUGUAAUAUUUUAAUAAAUCAAGUAACGAAGCUUAAAGUUGGUAAAUAUGAAUACAUGCAUACAUAUAUACAGCUUAUAAAUAUUUUGAUCGCUAUUUAUUCGGGCCUAUGAUUUUUGGCUAGCCUAUUAUGUAUAAAAGCGAUACUUAUACUUUGGUACUAAAAUAAUAAUAAAUCAUGGUUUAGGUUAGCAACCAACGCAAUUUUUUUUAUCUAAUUUAAACAAAUACUCCCAACUUAGUAGCUAUUACUGUUAUUAAUAAACAUAAGAAUGUGCUCGAAAUAAUAAAAACAACCAGACUGAUGACAGAGAAUGAUACCUAAAAUUUUUCCAGUAGUUUUUUAUUUUAACUAUGUUUCGGCAAAUUAUUAGAUGCGCUUUAAUGUUUCUAGAAUGAAAAAUACAAAAACUUAUCCAAUUACUCCAAGUUAUGUUAACAAGUCAUUCAUUGGGUUGAUACUCAAUGCCCUGCUCGAAGUAAUAAGAACAAAAUGUGUAAUAAUUAUUAAAUAAACUUUUGUUGUAGUUCAGUGAAGAAAUUAGUCCAUCUGCCUAAUAUAAGCUUCCUCCUCUACGAUUCUUGCUUACUCUGCGGCACAUCUGGACGCCAUAACAAGUAUUAGAGUCCGUAUCUGGAGGGGAUUACAUUUUCCCAGUUAUUUCUUUCAUUAGUGGUACCUUUCUUUUCUCGAAAGGUCUUAAGCUAACCUUUGACUUGUCAGAAAUUUAUAAAAUAACGUUUUUAACAGGCCUUGUGAUGAGCAUAUCUUGACAGGUAUAUUUUUUGUGGCUUCUGCUUUUGGUGACUUCAAAAAUUGCUCAAAAU